AUGUCACGCAGUAAGGACGUGUUCUGUCUCAAUGCAGAGGGCGACACGUUUAAAGCAGUAGUGCAAGAUAUCUGUCUGUACGCAAGGAAAGUGCGUUUGAAUCCGUCCGUUCGCCUUGCUCACGCGAGAGCCAUGGAAAAAACUCCCGCCAAGUAUCCGAUACGGAGAAUAGAAAUGAAAGUGACGUCCGUGCCUCGAGGUAACAUGGACUUUACCAAGGACAACCUGUUCAUAGGACAGAUGCCCAAGAGGAUCGUCCUGGGCAUGGUCGACACGGACGCUUUUAACGGUACCGCCACCAAAAAUCCUUUCAAUUUCAAACACCACAAGGUCGAUUACGUGUGUCUUAAUGUGGACGGGAAACAAAUUCCAGCCAAGCCAUUACAACCGGACUUCACGAACGGUCAGUACGUGCGCAGCUACAUGAAUCUCUAUACGAGCACGGGUAAAAUUUACCACGACGAGGGAAACAACGUGUCUCGAGAGGAAUUCGGGAAAGGAUACACCCUGUUCGGAUUCGACCUCACGGCCGAUCUGUCGGAGAUGGGCACAUUUCAUCUCAUAAAAAGCGGAAACAUGAGUCUACACCUUCAUUUCAACGAGAUUUUAACAGCGACGAUCAACGUCAUAGUGUAUGCAGUUUGA